AUGGGUAAUCAGUUUUUACAAAAAUAUCUGUUUUACAAAUACAUUGCACAUUAUUUCAUUUGUGAGCAGCAGGUACAGAUGAACUCUCAUAUGAUGCAACAGUGGAAGUAUGGAGGCAGCGUCCAUUCCAGGGACCAGAUCAGCAUCACAGUUGUGCAGGCAGAGUUAACCAAGAACUACGGCAUGAGACGCAUGGACCCAUACUGUAGAAUUCAGUUUGGCUACACCGUGUAUGACACACCUACAGCAUAUAAUGGAGCCAAAAACCCAUACUGGAACAAAGUGAUUCAGUCCCAUUUGCCUCCUGCAGUCAAAUCCUUCGACCUGAAAAUCUUUAAUGAGAGGGCAUUUUCCCUGGAUCAUCACAUCGCCUGCACUCAUGUGACUAUCCCGGAGAGUUUGAGGGAAGGCGGUGUAGUUGACAAGUGGUACAGCCUGAGUGGAAGACAAGGAAAUGAUAAAGAAGGCAGGAUUAACCUUGUCAUGUCCUACUCUCAGGUACAGAUGGACUCUUAUACGGCGCAGCAGCAUAAGUAUGGAAGCAGCCUCAAUUCCAGGGACCAGAUCAGCAUCACAGUAGUGGAGGCAAAGUUGGCUAAGAACUAUGGCAUGACGCGCAUGGACCCAUACUGUAGAAUUCGGUUUGGCUACACUCUGUAUGACACACCUACAGCACAUAAAGGAGCCAAAAACCCACAUUGGAACAAAGUGAUUCAGUUUCCUUUGCCUCCUGCAGUCAACACCUUCUACCUGGAAAUCUUUAAUGAGAGGGCUUUUUCCCUGGAUAAUCGCAUCGCCUGGAACCAUGUGACUAUCCCGGCGAGUUUGAGGGAAGGCAGUGUAGUUGACGAGUGGUACAGCCUGAAUGGAAGACAAGGGGACAAUAAAGAAGGCAGUAUUAACCUUGUCAUGUCAUAUUCUCAGGUACAGAUGGACGCUCAUAUGGUGCAGCAGCGGAAGUACAGAGGCAGCGUCCACUCCAGAGACCAGAUCAGCAUCACAGUAGUGGAGCCUGUUCCUUCUGGGAAAGUGGGUAGAUGUGGUUGCGUGGAGGUGACGUGCCUGGGAGGAGAUCAAUGGCAUAAUUGUAAGGGCGAUGUGGCGGUAGGCCACAAGCGUUACCCUUACUAA